CUUUUACUGCACCAUUUCGUUUCCACAAGGCCUUGUCAUUGCGGUGGACCUGUUAUGAAAUCCUUUGAAACUAUUUCGUUCAUCGUCCUCUUGGGUUGUCACGGUUUUUUGGUGAGAGUGGAUGGAGCAGCAGUGGGGCUUUCACAAACAUGGAGAGAAGGGAAUUCGGAGGAGAUAGCUACCACAGAAGGCUCGAUAGAAACCACCCCGGAUGUCACAAACAUAACGGUGCCACUAUCCACCAAUAUCUACACCAUAAACCUAGCCGCAGAUUUGACCGACCCCUCGAUAUACAUCAAGGAACUGCCUCCUCCGAAAUAUCAGCCCGAGAUCAACAUUACUACAAGCAUAACGCUUCAUCACAUCGAAUCAAUCUCUGCUCAAACAUCCGAUUUCUCGGUGUACCUCAUGUUUCGACACGUGUGGCAAGACAAGAGACUGGAUUUCGAGAAAGAGAACACGUGGUACCUCGAGGACGAAUAUCUAUCAGGGAGCGAAUGGCUCUACAACCUCAUCUGGUCCCCGACUCUCUUUUUCGUGAAUGAAAAGGAUUCGAAUGUCUUCCAACUCAGCAAGAGGAACGUCUUCGUCGCCAUCUCCAAGAAUGGCACGGUCACGCUAACCUACAGGCGAGUUAUAUCCUGCUUUACGAGUGUUUUGCGUGCCAUCACAGUGAGAUUCACGAUCAAGAGGGACCCUGGACAUUACAUCCUGGAUUAUUAUGUACCCUCCAUCUUCCUGGUCGUCGUGUCAUGGGUCUCCUUCUGGUUGGAUCCCAGUGCUGCUCCUGCCCGCGUCGCUCUCGGAACGAGCACGAUGCUGACCUUCAUCACCCUGUCAAGGAAUAUAGGCGACGAACUGCCUAAACUGUCCUAUUUGAGGGCCGUGGAAAUCUGGUUCUUUGUCUGCAUCGCCUUCAUCUUUCUUACCCUCGUCGAAUUCGCUUUUGCCAACAUUAUCUCUCGCAGAGGGACAGAGGCAGUGCCGCUGAGAAAGAUGACAAGCAGGAACAUGCUGAUGUACGGGCUCAGUCCCAGGGCCACUCGUUUUCGGCCAGACCUGAGAAAGGAGCGGACCAAGUCUGAAGGAAACCUGGAUGUCCCCCGCAAUGACGUGAGUUUCAAUUCCGUCUCAUUCAUCUAUUAA